GUACAGCAGCCACAUGUGAUAAGGCCUAGGCGGUGUGAAAUGCAACAACACUAGUUCCUGCUCCAUUUAGAGCUGUGGCUUUAGCUUGCCUCGAGCAGGAAACCCUACUAAUCACCGGAUACCAUGUCAUCAUUGCGAUGACCUACCAACUCCAGUGGCUUUCCCGUCUUAUCAAUCCCUCUGUGCCUUUCAAGUCAAGGCGUAUUGGUCAUUUCCUCCAGUGAGUUUAUUGCCUGUACUGGUUUAACCAUUUCGUUGCUCAGAACAUCCCAGUCGUCAAAUCGCCAUGCAAGCUCUCAAGUUUGAGAAGACUGGAUCCUUGGAUGGUCUUUCUUUGGACAUCGUCGACAAACCCAUUUUACGUCCCGGUGAGGCUCUGGUACGUAUCAGAGCUGCCGGUGUCAACGGGUCCGAUGCUGCAGCCGUCUUGGGCAUGCUUCCAUUUGUGACCACCCCGCGCAUCCCUGGCAGAGAUUUCUCCGGCGAAGUCGUUGAAGCACUGGACGAAGCCGGGACCUCAAGCCAGGAGUGGAUCGGUGCAGAGGUAUGGGGAACGGGCAGCGAGAGGGGCUUCACUUCGGAUGGAACAUUCUCUCAAUAUGUCGCUGUCCCUAUCGUUGCGCUGAGCCGGAAACCCGCAACUCUUGACCACUCCAAGGCUGGCAGCAUGACGCUACCGUGGCUAUGUGCCUGGAUCACAGUCGACACUCUCGCGAACGUCAAAGAGGGAGACAAUGUAAUUAUCAUUGGUGCUCGUGGCGGCAUAGGCUCUGCAGCAGCCCAGCUCUGCAAGGAGCGCGGGGCGCGCAUAUUCGGCACAUACACAUCGCUCGCCAAAGUAACUCCCCCAUCGUAUAUCACACCUAUUGAACUGUCCUCCAAAAACGCCAUCCGCGAGGCCAUUGCAAAAGCAGGGCUUCAUAACAAAAUUGACGUUUUGCUAGACUGCGCCGGUUACGACCAGCCAUUCAACGAUGCGAUUUUCACGAUGACGCCCAACGGCUCCGGCCGUGUCGUGAUCAUGGCUGUUCAUGCGAAGGACGGCAUAUUCCCCAUGGACCUGCGCACUUUCUACACGAAGGCCCUUACGCUGAAGGGUAUGAAGUCGAGUAUUCUAGGCCCGUUGGAGGUCAAGAAGGUACUGGACGAACUUGCAAGGAAGAUUGAUAGCGGGCUGUUAGAGGGACCGAAGGAGGUCAAAGAAGUUGAUCUGAGGAACAUGGAUGCUGUGAAGGGUGCUCUACAAGAAAUUUUAACUCGCGCUUCCCAUGUCCGUUCAGUGGUUGUUCCCUGAACGUGUCCAUGUUCGCAAAGUCAUCAUACCAGUAUCUGUGUACCUUAUUGCAUUCGUGCCGCCACUUCUGUGAUUAUUUAUUUACAAAUAAAUGUAUUCCUGGUUUCGAAUGUCACU